GGAUCACCGUUAUUCAAGUAACGUAUUUCAGCACGUUUCUCCAAACCGACCACUGUGGCCACUCAGCUUUUCAAGUGGCUCCUGUGCUGUAUUACACAGUAUGGUAAAGGCUCAGAAGCAUGAAGAACUUUUAAGAGCUGAGUGAUGAGAGACUGCAGCUCUAUUUUACCUAUAUUUGUGAAGUGGUGGGGAAGCUUCCAGUGUUCCUGCCUGUAAAGGAAACCAUGUUUGCUUAAAGUAGCAAUGUUAGAAGCAGAAAUUAGGAUUAAAUGCUGGUUUAAUAAUUCCUUAGAACCUGUUAUGUUGCUGAAUGAUCUCUGUUUACUGGUCUGCUACAUAUCUUAUGUAAUCUCUUGUGCCUAAUUCUAUGCAUUAUGGUAAGAUGAGGGUGUGGGAAGCAGUUUGGGGCAGUGGAUUACUGGUGAUUCAGCUCAGUGGUACUAACAGCUUAACCUGCUAUAAACAAGCAGAUCUGGGGAAAAAAAGAGAAGUAGAGUUGUGAAGUAGUGCUGAGUAUUUUAACCUUUUAGUCAAACCACAGUGCAAGCAUUCAGCUGCGCGCAUUCUCAGCAGCAGCAGCUUCAGUGACUAACAGACUCACCACAGGAAAGGCACUGGAAACCAAAGGGCAUCAUCCUGUUUGAAACUGACAUGCCAGCACUGAGAAGUACGACCAGCAGUUUAUGGAAACAAUAGUUUAUUUUGAGUAUAGGUGCACAAAGAGUGAGCAAGAGAGUUCUCAUCCUCGGCCACAAUGUCUUCUCCAUUCUUCCUGGACUGGAUCCUUCUAUUUUGGCUUACAGGCCUUACAGUGUCAGGACUGCAGGUGAAGGGAGAGGUUGGUCAGAAUAUCACGGUGCCCUGCUUUUACAGGGUUAAGACGGAACGUGACAUCACCUCAGUGUGCUGGGGCCGUGAUGCCUGCCCCUCUUCCAAAUGUUCUCACCCCAUUAUCUGGACAGAUGGGUGGAAGGUGACAGAGAGAUACCACCCAAAGUAUGUGCUGAAAGGGGACCUGCUGAAGGGCAACGUGUCCCUCACCAUCCUGAAUGCCCAGGAAACAGACAGUGGGACGUACUGCUGCCGUGUGGAGAUCCCGGGGUGGUUCAACGAUGAGACAACCAACCUCCAGGUGGUGGUUGAGAGAGCUAGGGUCUCUACUGCAAGUCCUCUCACUCACACCUCUCCACUGACCUCAGCUCCUGGGAUUGUCAGUGAAACGUCCUUUACUGACAGAAUGUGGCCUCCAGUUUCUCUUUCAGAAGCUCCUGAGACUGCCUCUGGUUCCAACUCAAGUACUUCAGACUACCCAGAAGUAUCCUCAAGCCUGCAGAAUACAUCCAUAUCAACUUAUAGUCAGCAGUACUCAGAAAAGAGUGUUUACCUCAGAACUGGAUUGUGUGUGGCGUUUCUGGUCAUCCUUGCUCUGGGUCUGUUCCUAGGUAGACGAUAUUUACGCAAUAUGAAGAAACUGAGUAAGUUUGCAAGCUCUGUUGCAUAUUGGAGACCAGAACGUGCUGGGAACCAAAGUGCUCUGGAAGUUGAGAUCCAUGCAGAGGAAAACAUUUACACAAUACACUAAGGACUGUAUGUGUGCUCGCCUUUGAUAUCUCCAGGACUUUAAAUGUUUUCCAAAAUGUUAGCUGCUCCCUCUGCUCUGCAGCUAAGUGUGCCUGGACUACUAAAGCAUCACUCCUAUCAUUCUAAUAAAGCAAAUAAAAGCUACAGUUCUAAUUAAAAACUUUUAUCAGCUUGUUCCAGAAACAGAAA